AUGCGCCACAGAUCUAUCCGCGACUCUUGGACAAUGCGCUGUACGGCUACCUCCCGAUACCAGAAGGCAGCGACCAAUCCGGCGCGGUGGAUGUAUUCCAAGCUGGUGAGCCGGACACGGAUUUCGAAUCGCUGGUACUCGGUCGCCGAUCAAACAACGAUGACAUCCUGGUGA